UGAAUAGAGGAGAAAGUUCCAAUUUUGCAGAACACAAUGAGAAGAAUGACGAUUCCUCUCUAUUCAUGGUCUGUCAUCCUAAAGAAGUUAGCAAGAAGAAUGUGUGGUAUCUGGAUACUGGUUGCAGCAAUCACAUGUGUGGAGACAAAUUUGCAUUUUCAGAUUUGGAUGAGUCUUGUCAAGACAAGGUGAAAUUUGGUGAUAAUUCCACUAUUGCAGUCAAGGGAAGGGGAAAGGUAACCAUUCGUGCCAAAGACAAUUCAAUUCAGACUAUUUCUAAUGUUUUGUAUGUACCAGAUUUGAAGUCGAAUCUGCUUAGUUUGGGACAGCUUCAGGAAAAAGGAUAUGAAAUCCUUAUUAAAGAUGGAGUUUGCCAAAUUCGUGAUUCAAAACUUGGUCUGAUUGCAAAGACCAAGUCAGAAGCCUUAACAGCCUUUAAAAAUUUCAAAGUCUUGGCUGAGAAUGAGGUUGGCAAAUCUGUAAAGGUUUUGCAGACAAAUCGUGGUGGUGAGUUUAACUCAAAGGAAUUUGCAGAUUUUUGUGAGUCCAAUGGCAUUAAAAGGCAACUCACAGUAGCCUACACACCUCAGCAGAAUGGUGAGUUUUGGCCAGAAGCUGUUAAUUGGAGUGUUCAUAUCUUGAACAGAAGUCCCACAUCUCCACUUCCAGAUUUGACGCCAGAAGAGGCUUGGAGUGGACGUAGACCUGCUGUUGAUUACUUCAGAAUUUUUGGAUGCAUAGCAUAUGCACAUGUGCCAGAUCAGAAAAGGAGUAAGGUUGAUGACAAAGGGGAAAAGUGUAUUUUCCUUGGUGUUAGUGAUCAGUCCAAAGCUUACAGAUUAUACAAUCCUUUAACCAAGAAGGUCAUCAUUAGCCGUGAUGUAGUGUUUGAUGAAGCAAGCACUUGGUCUUGGACAGAAAAAUCUGGGCAACAGAUUCCUGCAGAUUUCGAAAAUGGAGAAGAUUUGACUGUGCAGAACUCAAAAGGUCAAACUUCAACAGAUCUCAAGGUUUCAAGACAGACAGCUGAAGAAAUUUUGCCUACAGAAGUAGAGUUCAGUACUGGAGGAAGUCUGUCAACAACACCAGAACUGGAAUCUGGAACUAGUUCUAGACCUCAACGCAAAAAAGAGAAGACCAGCAUGGUUGGAAGAUUAUGAGGUAAGUAUGCAGAGAAGAGAAAAAAGAAAGGAAAAAACUGAGAUGCAGCUCAUUUUGGUAGGCUUUUGCUUGGUUAAUUUUGUGGUGUGGUUUAUGAGGAAACACAAUUGAGGUGUUUAUAUAGAGAUGACGGGUUUGGGAUUGCAUCAUAGUAAAAUUUACUUUUGUUG